AUGUAUAAGCAAACAAAGCAUAUGCGUUGUUUUGAGACAAUUCCAGAUUCUGAUCAGAGCAUUUCCGAUGUGGAAGAAUCUGACCAAGAUUGGCCCAACAAACGGCUUACCCUUGACGGGUCCGCCAAGAAAAAGGAGGAAUUACCACUUUCAUCACGGCUAGAAAUGCUCAAAGCCGGUGCGCAUGUAGAUGCCUGCAACUUGGAGGAUGACGUGAGCUCUGGCGAUGAGUUGCAGAAAGUUGAUGUUCAUAGCAUUGGAAAAGAAGACGGAUCAUACACAUGGUCUGCGGCAAGUAAAGAAGUUGAGGAACUUAUGCGUUCGAAUGAGAAAAAUUCAUGUUCAUCGUCACAUUCUUCUUACUUGAAAUUGAAUAAGUCAUCUAAAGGAGUCAAAGGCAAAGGCAAGCCAAAGUUUUCGUUCCGUUUCCCAUCACAUAAGGAAGGACACUCUUGGCUUUCUGUAUAUAAGGAUGACAAUGAUGUUUCAUUCAAGGUUCAAGAAUUGCCUGAGAGGUUGGAUUAUAGACCCGAAGAAAAUUCAGAUGCUGAGCUUCUUGAGGAUAUUCAGGUUGAGGAGGAAAAUCAGUUGGAGAUUGUGCCUUUUGAAGUCAAUGAACAUGGGCAUGGCUGUAUUGAGCAGUCAAUGGCAGAGCUUUUAGAUGGCCUUCAGGAUAAGACAACUAUGGCAAGAGGAAGUUCCAAAAUGUAUAGUAGAAAAAGAUGUAAAAGGGGGCAGCCUGUUGUGAAGAGAGUACCCCCACUUGGAGAUAGACUUAUCGACAGUGAAAGCUCCCCUGAGCACUUAGGCCCUGAAUCACCAAGUGAUAGCGAGGCUGAUGAUCAAAUUUUGAAGCUUGAUAAACCGGAGGUGAAGAGGCAAACAUUGGUAGAUCGAUUUCAGGAAGCUUUAAGUGACAGAGCCCUUGUUACAGUGCCUAAAACAUUAAGAAUUGGAUUAUUUGGGCAACUGCAGCAGGUCAUUCAGAGUGAAAAAGAAAGUGAUAUGGAAUUCUUAAAGAAUAUUGAGAACGGAGCUAACCAAAAGGAACCAAGCUGCAUCGAUGUGAAAAUUUGUUCGAGACACUUGGAUGCAAAGCUGACAGUUUGCCACUGCUCCUUUGGCAAUAACUUAAAGAGCCUCCCACGGUCAGAGAGCCCCAAGCACAUGCUGAAAGAAGAAACAACACAGACGGUUAUUUUCAAUCCAAGAGUUUGCAAUGAUGUUGACCUUGAUGCUGGGAAAUGGAUCCGUAUUCACGCUCCAUGGAUUGGUAAUCCACAACCUCCAUUGGAAAAUCUUAUUCACGAUAAGAACCCUAUGCUGCCAGUGCCAGACGGUAAUGCUCUGCCUGAACACUGUUACUGCUAUCCAAGUGGUGUAGCCAGUGAAGAAGAAUGA